AAGAGAAAAAAAAGUGGGCUGGCUACGCGCGAAGUGCAGCAGCAGUUUAGAGGACUGCUUCCAUGUGGCGCACACUUCUACGCGCCUUUCUCAGUGCGUGCGUCUCUGCUGUGGGAUGUUACACGGAUGACAACUCUGCGGACUCGAACAUGCACACGGAGGAGUGUGGCAACAGAGACUUUUGCUCCCACUUGUCCGAGAACACCUCUUGAUGACUUUCUCGCCGCUGGCUGCCACAUCUGGACUCUUUUCUUUGACUUAACUUGUAUGUUGGAAUAUUGGACCAGCGAUUCCUAACAUCCUUCUCUAGUUAAGUGCAUUUAUUCCUAUUUUUUUUCUUCUUUUUUUUUCCUUUUACGCUUUUGGAUUUGGACUUUUUUAAUGGCAAAAAACGGGAAAAUGGAACACUCAGCCAAAGUGACAUAUAUUUUGUUUUUUAUCUGUCUCCUUGACAAAAGGGCAGACGCCAAUGAAAUCUUAGGCCUGAAGCUCCCCAACAUCGACCCGAUUCUGAACGCCAACACGGUGUGCCUGACGCUGCCGGGCUUGACUCGGCGCCAGCUGGAGGUGUGCAUGCGCAACCCUGACGUGACAGCUUCAGCCAUCCAGGGAAUCCAGAUCGCUAUCCACGAGUGUCAGCACCAGUUCAGAGGGCACCGGUGGAACUGUUCCAGCCUGGAGACGAGGAACAAAAUACCUUAUGACAGCAUCGUCUUCAAAAGAGGUUUUAGAGAAAGCGCCUUCGCAUACGCCAUAGCAGCAGCAGGUGUGGUGCACGCCGUGGCCAACGCCUGCUCCAUGGGCAAACUGAAGGCCUGCAGCUGUGACGAGAAGCGCCGCGGCGACGAGGAAGCCUUCCGCAUCAAACUUCACCGCUUGCAACUGGAGGCCAUCAAUCGAGGGAAGGGAAUGGUACACGGCGUCAUGGAGCACUUCCCUGCCGAGCUUCCCGGACCCCAGGACUCCUGGGAGUGGGGUGGCUGUAGUCCUGAUGUGGAAUUCGGAGAAAAAUUCUCACGGGACUUUCUGGAUGCCCGUGAGACCUACAGAGACAUCCAUGCUCGGAUGAGGCUUCAUAACAACCGAGUUGGCAGACAGGUGGUGCUUGACCACAUGAGGAGAAAAUGCAAGUGUCACGGGACAUCGGGAAGCUGCCAGCUGAAAACUUGCUGGCAGGUCACGCCCGAAUUCCGCGUGGUCGGCUCCAUCCUCAAAGAGCGCUUCCACAUCGCCACACUUAUCAAGGCCCACAACCGCAACACCGGGCAGCUGGAUCACUCCCACCACAACAACAACAACAACAACUACCACCACAGCCAUCACAGCAACCACCACCACCACCACCACCACCAUCACCACCACCACCAUCACGGGCACCGCCGGAGGCCCAGCAUCAACGACCUGGUCUACUUUGAAAAGUCGCCGGAUUUCUGCGAGCGGGACCUGGGUUCGGACUCGGCGGGGACGCAGGGCCGGAUUUGCAACAAGACCAGUCCGGGCAUGGACAACUGUGAGACUCUGUGCUGCGGGAGAGGCCACAACAUCCUGCAGCAGACGCGCAGCGAACGCUGCAACUGCAAGUUCCACUGGUGUUGCUACGUGGUGUGCGAAGAGUGCAGGAUCACAGAGUGGGUCAGCGUGUGCAAAUGAAGAAAGCACUGGAAAAGUCGAAAACAACGGAAAUACAAACUCAACAUCAAGAUUAUUGACCGGGAAAAAAGGGGUCUCUGACUGGGACGUGUGUGCCCCGGCUCCAUUUUUUACAGCGGAGCUCCGUGUUCCGUUUGGCUUUGCGGGACGGAGAGGGCGUAAAUGUGCGAAGUCGGAAGGAAUGUGCAUGUUGAAAAGUGUGCGCACGUGCAGUGCAAGCCCAAAGCUGUCACAACUCUGCAAGCAUGCAUGUUUUGCAUUGCUUUUGAUGCAAAAGAAGCACAAUUUUUAUCAAGCAAUAAAAGGAAAACCACAGCACUGCACAUAGGGACUGCUCUAUGAAACCCUUCCUUCACAAACAAUAACAGCAGAGACAAGAUAGUACAUAACAUUUUCAUCGCGGGGCGGCACAGCUCGGUUGGUAGAGCGGCCGUGCCAGCAACUUGAGGGUUGCAGGUUCGACUCCCGCUUCCGCCAUCCUAGUCACUGCCGUUGUGUCCUUGGGCAAGACACUUUACCCACCUGCUCCCAGUGCCACCCACACUGGUUUAAAUGUAACUUAGAUAUUGGGUUUCACUAUGUAAAGCGCUUUGAGUCACUCGAGAAAAAGCGCUAUAUAAAUAUAAUUCACUUCAUGGUAUUCUAUUGACAUAUUGUACAUUGGCAAACAAGACUGUUUCAGCAUGAGCAUGCCUGGAGCACGGAGAUGUCAGGCCAAAUUUAAGGGCACUUAAGAAAUAUAAUGUUUGUGGUUUUUA